AAAAUCUAUGACUGCCAUGAGGUAGUGGCAAUCCAAAUCUUUGGAAGACUGCAUUGGUUGAACGCAACUCUUUAAAAUGGUGCACUGGAAAACAAAGUAGCAAGAAUCCUAUUCCCCUCGCACUCCUUUCUCAUCGGAAUAUAUGCCAUGGCAAAAUGAAAGGGAAAAGAAUCGAGCACGCUGUAAACUCCGGUGAUGGCUCUCCUGCAAGGCCAUGGUGGCGCCUCGCAGAGAGAGCCCACGAGAGGAAUGUGAAGCUGGAAGGGAGACGAAGAUGUGGAGCAGAAGAAACAAAACGGCCAGGUGCAGCGGCUGCGACGUGCUACUGGUCGUACCGCCGCAAGCUCGGGCCAUUCGCUGCGCCGCCUGCCUCGCCAUCACCGACGUGGGGAGCUCCCAAGACCCGGUCCGGCAAGCCAUGGGCUUCCUCAAGUCCGUGGUCAUGAACAUCUCCAAUGGCAUCGGCUCCCUCAACUCUUCGUCGUCGAGCAGCGGCUCCAGCUCCCAAGGCUAUCCCAUCACUAGUCCGCCGCCGAGCUUUCCCCGGGUGCGGGGGAAGAAGAGGGCGGUUCUCGUCGGCAUAAGCUACGUCGGGCGGCGGUACGAGCUCAAGGGGACGGUGAAUGACGUGAACUGCAUGAGGUACCUGCUGAUUGAGAGGCUUGGGUUCCCUGCGGAAGGCAUCCUGGUCCUCACCGAGGAGGAGAGGGGCCCGUCCCGGGUGCCGACGAAGGAGAACCUGCGGAUGGCGAUGCGGUGGCUGGUGAGCGGGUGCGAGAGCGGCGAUUCGCUCGUGUUCCACUUCUCGGGCCACGGCGUGCAGCGGCUGGACCCCAGCGGCGACGAGGUGGACGGCUUCGACGAGGCGCUCUGCCCCCUAGACUUCGAGGCCAACGGCACCAUCCUGGACGACGAGAUCAACGAGACGCUCGUCCGGCCGCUCCCCCGAGGCGUCAAGCUCCAUGCGCUCGUCGAUGCCUGCCACAGUGGCACAGUCCUCGACCUCCCCUACCUCUGCCGAUUAUCCAGGGCAGGGUAUUACCAGUGGGAGGAUCACAACCCACCAUCAGGUACAUGGAAGGGCACGAAUGGGGGAUUGGCUAUUUUGCUCAGUGGUUGUGAUGACCACCAGACUUCUGCAGAUACCUCAGCUUUGGCAGGCUCGACAUCUACGGGUGCCAUGACUUAUAGUUUCAUACAAGCCAUUGAGAAUGAACCAGGAACUACUUAUGGUCGCCUGUUGACAGCCAUGCGCUCUGCUAUUCGGGAGGCCAGCACAGGCAUUCGCAUGAGUGGCCCAAUUGUUUCUCUUAUGAGGAAGGUGUUCAACUUUGGGUUAACCCAGGAGCCUCAGCUAUCUUCUUCAGAGAUGUUUGACAUUUACCGCAAGCCAUUUCUCCUGUAGAGAGAGAGAGAGAGAGAGAGAGAGAGAGAAUUUAAAGUAUAUCUUUGUGCUUCAAUACAUAUUUCACAGCCACUAAUACAUCCUGGACCACCAUUUUUCUUUGUGAUGCCUGCAACUGUUUGAAGGAUAUGAAAGAGAAGGGGAACCAAAGAAUUUAAAACAGGUACACUGUCUACACGUUUCUGUCAAAGGAAAACAGCAAAUAAAUGUUGGUUGUAUUAGUAUUCCUCUAAAACAGGACACUGAAGAUUUCCCAUCCCAUUUCAAUGAUAACCUGGAAAUUUACUGUGUUGGAUUGGAUCAGAUCA